AUGGCUGCAUUGAAGCUAGAGGCUUCUACUUUGCAGAUGACAAGCCUGAAUUUGGGUUCCCCUAGACCCAAAUUGACUACAUUUGGUGCUGUCAAAAUUCAGUCUUUCGUUAAGUAUAAUGGUCUGCUAAUAUCCUCCAAGCCAAAGAAACCAUUGGUGGCGUGUCAAGCUUCCACUCCUGAAGCUCAAUUUAGCAUUAAUCUGAGCUGGCCUGUCACUACUGUCUCUGCAGCUGUUGAAGCACCUAACUCAAACACUUCAAUUUCAACACCAUCUUUAGUGUCCCCUGCUGGGAAAGAUGCAUUGCUUGCUAGAGCUUCAGAGGAAGGAUUUGUUGUAAUUCAAUCGCCUUGGGUUGGCCUUUUUAGGAGAUGUGGUACUCUUAAAGGAAAGAGUUGCCCACCAUGUUGUAAAGAGAAUCAAGUAGUUGAUAAGGACCAAAUUCUCUGCUACAUUGAUCAGCUUGGUUGGGAGAUUCCUGUUGAGGCUGAUGUGUGUGGAGAGGUUGUAAGCAUAUUGCUAGAAGAUGGAGCUCCUGUGGGAUAUGGUGAUCCUGUUAUGAUCAUUCUGCCUUCUUCUCCUGGUGUUAAAGAGCUUCCAUAG